UUCCCUCACUUUACAGGGGCUAUUUAUAAAAGAAUUUACACUGAGAUUUGGGUCGUUCUCUCUCAGUUUUACCUUCUUACUAACACUCACACUCCCAUUCACACUCUUUCGUUUUCAUGUUAAGAGUUAAAGCUGUCAACGGGCGAUCAACAGGCAGCAAGAACGAAAACAGAAAACAGCUGUUGACGCUGACGUCGCUGUUAGCGUUGUCGGCGCUAACGAAAAGUUAAAACCUAAACGAAACAAAUAAUAAAGAAUACGAAUAGCGAGCGCAGUGCAUCGCAAAGAAAAACAAAUACACCCACACAGGCAAAGAGAAGCAAGAAAACAAGCUUUAGCAAAGCUUGCACGCGCCAGUCAGUGAUCACACGACGCGUCGCUCUGCCGCUCGCUCCAAAUACACACGACUGCAUGCUGGUUCUCUCACACUGGUCGCGCUCUCUUGAUUUUGUUUUCUCUCUUGGCUGGCUGACUGGCCACCCCAAUUGGUGUGCCUUUCGGUUUCGUUCCCGCAAUAAACUUGACGGCCGAUCAGAACAUUGAACGCAUUUAAACGAAUCGGACGUAUGUAGGCCUACGGACUUAUGAGUUUGUCGAAUCGAAUCGAUUUUGAUUUGAAUUGAUUUCGAUUGACAAAAAAAAAAAAAAAACGCACGAAACCAUUUUUUAAUGAUGUUUUUCAACUCACUAAAAAAAAUCAAUCGACAAUCAAUUUGAAUUUUAAUAUAACAUUUUUGAAAUUCUUCCAAAAACAAAAGGCUAAGAGAAUGAAAUAAAAAUUGCAGUAAAAAUAUAAAAUGUGAAUUGAUAUAUUUGAAUGUACUACAAGUUUAAUUCAAGUGCUGCGCUGCGCCGCUCGCACGACGAAUAAACGAGGCAAGCAAAUUGCAGAGCGCAAUAAAUUAAAACAAUAAAAAAAACAAGCGGCGAAAUAUAAAUAACAGACAACCGAAAAUCUACAUAAAUGUAUUUGUUGUGGCUGUGACAUAAAGUAAAAUAAAAAUAAAAUACUCGGUGCCAAAAAGCAAAGUAAACCAAAAAAAAGAGAGAAAAUAAAACGACAACAUCAAGUAAAACACAACAGACAAAAACAACAAGAAAAACAACCUAAAGAAGCGACUUAAAAAUGGUUGGCAAAGUUUUGGGCAUUCGCGACUUGGAGCAGUUCAGCAGUCGACGGAGCAGCGUCUACGUCGAUCCCGAGUGCGAAAAGUUCUUUGAGCUGCCUCUCUUCAUAGCGGCCAGCUCGAAUGAUAUAACAACCAAAUGCCAGUGCUGGCAGUUUAGUCCAGGCAAAGAGCCAGCUCUGCGUUCAUACACCGAAAUUCAACAGCUGCUGCAACUGGGCAAAAAACACAUCGUUAAGAGUAUACUCAGAGAGAAUUCGUGGCCAAUUAAUUCACCCAUUCGCUCACAAUUAUGGCCAACACUCUGCGGCCAACAUUUGACCAAGCAAAAUAUGCUCGAUGGCUUCUACUGGGAGAUGGUACAUCAGGUCUUUGGCACCACAGAGCUGUCGGAAAAGCCAAUCAUGUUGCCCGCAUUUGUGGAUGCCACACAUUGUUUGCCGUAUCAUUUGACAGCCACGGGACGCGCUGUUGCCGAUCGCAUUGUGAAUGUGCUGGGUUAUGAUUGUCCCGACAUUACCUACAGUCCAGUAUUGUAUCCAAUUACAUCAUUACUUUUGCAUUUCAUGUCGGAGGAGGAAGCCUAUUUGUGCCUGGCCGGACUUGUGGGCAGCAAGGAGAAGACAUUCAUCAAUCAAACCAAACUGCAGCAUGAAGUCACCUGGAAAACAGUCAUGCAGAUAGCCAAGAAACAUGCAAAAAGUGCCGUUGCGUAUUUCCAACGCAUCUGUCCGGGCCAAAAGCUAGAGCGCGUUUUUAUGGAUUGGUGCUGGUGGAUAUUAGCUGGUUUGCCAUUUCAGCAUUUGGUGCGAAUAAUGGAUUGCUAUUUUCAUGAGGGCAUCAAGGUGCUAUAUCGGAUUGCACUGGUCGUACUCAAUCUCUUCCACAAGGAAUGCCAGUCAAACAACGAAUGGAGUCCGGAUAAUAUUAAAAACGACAUUGGCAAUGCGCUCAUCAAGUUCUGCAAAAAGAUACCAGUAUCGCCGGCGAAGCUGCUUCAUGCCGCUUUUAGUAUUAGGGGACUCAGUACCCAGUAUAUUUCUAGAAUAUUUAUCAAGACUGAAAUGCUACUAAAAAGCCGUUCCGUGCUUAAUAGCGGUUCGAAGCAAUUAAUUAAAUCGCGUUCAAGUGAUAAUCUGCCUACUAGUCAGUCGCAGGUCAACAUCCAAAUGAUGUCACAUACAUUGACCAUACGUGAGCAUUUUGGUUUACCGGGCACAACGAAUUUCAUUAAAACCUGGACGGAUAGACAAUUUCUCUUUACGCUGUGGUCAUGGCUGCCCGUAAGAAUCACGAUGUAUCAACCGGUGCUGCUUUACACCACCGAGGAGCACGGCUGCUCCCUGACAACCUUCUACGUACGCGUUGAGCAGCAUGAACCCACCCUGCUCAUGAUCAAAACGUGCAAUAAUGAAGUAUUUGGCGCCUAUUGCUCUUCUCGCUGGUUCGAGCGAAAUGUCAAGGAUGACAAGGGCCAGAGACAGGCUUACUUUGGCACCGGUGAAACCUUUUUAUUCUCCCUUUAUCCCGAACGUGCCAAAUACCCCUGGGUGGGUAUCGAGGGCGAUCGCGAUUUGGGACACAGCUCCGAACUUUUUAUGGCAGCUGACUCCAAAAUGAUUACAAUUGGAGGCGGUGAGGGCCAAGCCAUCUGGAUGGAUGAGAACAUUCGUUUUGGCAAGACGGAUCGCUGCAAGACCUUUAACAAUCCUCCUCUUUGCCCAUCGGGUGACUUUGAGAUACGCGUACUGGAGGUUUACGGCUUUGUCGGCAUCUAAGGUCAAGUGAGCCCUUAGGCCGACAAAUAAAAAUGAAAUCAAAUUGCCCGCCGAUGUUGUAAAGUGCUCAGCAACCUGCACCUACUAUGCUCCUCUCAGACUCCCAUUCACCUACACACAUACGUUAUAAUACACACACACACACCCCACAAUAUGGAACGCUUGCGUUUCCGGCCAUAACGGAAACAGUAGCAGAAAGAAGCAGAUAAAAUAUUGAUAGAGACGAUGGAAUGGAAUGGAAAUGAUGUAAACAUUUAUAAAAAUUUAUUUAUAAAUAGGAUGUAUCUAAACUAGAAAAAAAGCAGCAGUUUUCGUUGUCGUCAUUGUCGUGUUAAUGUUAAAUGUUUAAACCAAGCAAAAAACAAAUUGCUAUAUUAUAUUAUUAUGGAAAUACUCUGUGAGUUCACGUUUUAAGACACAACGCUUUGGAAUUAUACAAACAAUAGUUGUUAUGCUAACGUAUAUAAAAACAAAAACUUUAUUAUAUCUAUAUACAUCAGUGAAAUUAGUGUGUAUGCAUUGUUGCUUUUUAGUUUUAUUUGAACACAAUCUCGAACUUCCUCAAAAAUUAAAAAUUUUCGCCUGAGAAGGAUCACAAAGAUAUAUUUUCUGUUGGAAUAUUUCCACUUAGAAAAACGCUUAACGCUUACUAAAGAAAAGUUAUAUAAAAAUAGUAAUUGUCUUAAACUUUAUUUUCUUACAUUUUCUUUUAUUUUGCAUACAUAUUUAUUUCACUGAUGUCGCAGAAGCAGAAGAAAUGUUGAUAGAGAAGAGUGAAUAAGCAUAAUGUAAAAUUUAUAACAAUUUUUUUAUAAAUAUGUAUCUAAAAGAGGCAACAGUCGUUGUUGUCUCCAUUGUCGUGUUAAUGUUAAAUGUUUAAACCAAGAAAAAAAAAAAACAAAUUAUUAUUUAUUAUAAUAUGGAAAUACUCUGUGAGUUCAUGUUUCAAAACACAAAGCUUUGAAAUUAUACAAACAAUAGCUGUUAUGCUUAAGUAUAAUAUAUAAAAUCAAACUCUAUAUGAUAGCACUAUAUAUAUACAUGCAUAUAUCUGUGUAAAUUUAAAUGUAAAUCGUAAACCUAUAUCUAUAAUACGAGUUGAAAAGGCAGGCAGACACGAAAACAAAACAAAAUCAAUUCCUUAAAUCGAAAUGAAACAAGAAAAUUAAUUUAAUGAAUAUGGAGUUUGUAAAUUUGCUACUUUGUUUACACAUUUUGUUUUGAUUAAUAUGGUUAUUAUUACUAUUAAUAUUUUUAUGUUUAUUUGUGUAAUUGUACUUUAUUUUUUUUUCUGCUUCUGUAAACCAAAUUUACCGACUUGACUGAAUUUGUUAUAAAUGUUAUUAUUAUUAUGUGUAUAAAACUUUUAUUUUGUAGAUUGCAUCGGAAAUCUUUAUUUUCUUACUAGGCUUAAAUCAAUAUACAAGCCAUGCCGCAAAAUGGAACUUUCUAGAUGAUAUAAUUAAAAAAAAUAUUUUCGUAAAUUUUAAGCUACUUUCCUAAAGAUGCAGUGCAGUUAAAUAGUAAAACAUACGUGCAUACAUAUAAAAGCAAAAAUCGUAAGCCCAAUCCACUAUUAUGAACAACACUGAAGCUAUUUGGGCGUGCAACAACUAAGAAAGGUAAAAAAAAUUCUGAUUGACAAAUGGAGGAAUUAUGGGGUCGGGGAAAUGUGCACACAUGUCAAAUUGAUCUCAUUUAUGCUUAUUUAGCUAACGAAUUCAAUGAUUAUGUAAGACUCAUUCCAUUAACGUAUUGCUCAAGCUCAAUUUUUGCAAACAAUUCAAGAACAGUUAUGCUCCUGUUUUUUUUUUUUUUUUUUUUUUUUUUUUGCCAUUUUGUGUGUUUUUUCCAAAUUUUGUUUUGAAUUUUUCUAGUCAGAAUAACAAAAAUUCAACAUGUUGUGCACAAUUUUGUAGGCGUUGGCACACCCAUUUAGCGACUUCUCCUUGCACCACUCAAGCGAAUUGUUACAAUCUGUUAGUAUAACACAACGAAUACAGAAUACAUAAAUAUAUUUUAAAAAUAUAUAAAACUUACAAUAUAUACAUAUAUAUUUGUAAAUUAUGCCAAAAAAAAGAGAACAAAAAAACAAUAUCUGCAAUUGUUGCUGUUGCUGUUGCUGCUGCAGCUGCCUCAUGAGAUUCAAAUUCUAUGCGCUACUCAAUUUUAAUUCACAUGAAGUGCAUAGAUAUAAUUUCAAUUAAAUUUCGGAGCUGGUACUCCACAUGAUUAAGGAUUUUUCACAACGUAAAUACCCAGACUCAAACCUUACACAUAUUUCCGAGGUGUGUUGCAGCAUCAAAUUUGCGGAACAUUAAUAGAUUUGUGGCAGCAUCAUAUUCAAAGAAAAUAUUUGUAUAAUUACAUAACUUUAGUUCUUAAAUUAAACUCUCUGUGUUGUUAAUCAAAUUGUGUAUGCAAGCAGCAUUAAAUUAUAUAUAACGCUAUAAUAUAUCAUAUAAAAGCUUGAAGUUGAAACGUUAAUCAACGCAAAAAUAUGAAAGAAAAGAAAACAUAAGAUUUAUAAAUAUAUAGUUGUUACUUGUUUCUGCGUUGUUGAUAAUAGUUUUUACUUUACUUGGUUGACUAUUCAUAUUGUUGAUGCUUGUUGUGUUAGUUUUUGGUUAAUGAGCGAAGGAGCAGA